CUCAAGCGAAUCGAGAACAUGCAGAAAGAAAGCAAGAGGCGACAGGCGAGAGGCGACAGGCAGGACGCUUUUUCAUCCGUCGCCUUCAUGUUCGUCUCCUUUCUCUUUUCUUUAGAUGUGAUCCUCUGCCUCCUUACCAGCCUACUCAUCUAAUUUGUUCUUCUCUCUAGCCUCUCCAUCUCUCUUACACUUCCUCUCGCCUUCACUCUUCUCUCUGUCUCCUUGUAUGUCGUCUGUUUCUUUCCGUCCUCUUGAAUUCCGGUCGAUCUUCGCCUGUGGUCUCCGCCUAAUACCGUCGUCCGUUCUCGCUUUCAGAACUUUUGUGUUUCUUUCUCUCUCGCCUCACAUCGCGUCUUCGGCGAAAGUCUCCACUCUUCUCCUCUCCACGUCCUUUAUAUUCACUUCUUCUUUCCUCCGCAAUGCAGCCAAACACUGUUCCUCCCCACCCUAUCUUCUCGAAUCCUUCUUCCUCUUCUCUUUAUUCGUCUGCUUCUUAUCCGCCUUGCGCGCCGAGCGCGUACUCUUCCUCUCUCUCUCCUUGCUUUUACCCUCCUGCUGCUUCUCCGUCUUCUUCUGCUGCUUGUACGUCUUAUUCUCCGUCUCCUUCGUCCUUUGCUUCUUCCUCCGCGUAUCCUCGGUCUUCUUCUCCUUCAUGCCCUUCUCUUUCUGUUCGGACUUCGUCUCUCCGCUCUCCUCCCUCUGCCUCUGUCUCCUUUGCUUCUGCCGCACUGGCAGCGCCCCCACAAGGAUCUGCCUCUGGCUCUUCUGGCGGCCGAGAGACACAGCGACGAGCGAAGGCCGAAAGCAAAGAAGCUUCCUCUCUCCCCGCAAAUCGCCGUUCGCCCUCAUCGCUCUCGCCUGUCUCUUCCGUCUCUGCUCUCCGGGAUGAGGGAAGCAAGCCGCGACCGCCGUCGCCGCGACAGAGAGGCCGAAAGAACUCUGCUCUCGCAACCGCCUCUUCACUGCCCAGACACGCUGCCCUCAAGCGGCCUCGCAGCGAAGAAGACCGAGAAAAAGAGAGAGAAGGAUCUUCCGUUGCUGCUCCGCUGCCUGCUCUCGGUCCGUCUCCCCACAGACAGACUCUCCCGUUCUUCUCUCUUCAGCAACAUCCUCACGACCAACAUGCAAGACAUGGAACCUACGGCAUCAUCGCUCGAGGCGUCUGCGAAAGAGAGAAAAGCGAAGAUGCAGGAAACAAACGUGGAAGACAAAACAAAACUCCACAACUCCGAGACGACCGCCCAUUCGUCUGCUUCUCCUGGCGCUACCGCGAUGCCUUUCUGACUCUCUCCACAGAUCGCCUCGUCGUCACUGGCCACAAAGGAUGGAGCAGCGCCUUCGCGACGCACUGCUCAGAGAAAGACAAAUGGUACUUCGAGGUCGAGGUUCUGCCAUGUGAGACACAGAAUCUGCGUUUCAUUGGUUACUCCCAGGAGAGCCUUCCUCCUCUGAAGGCGCACUGGAGAGUUGGCUGGGCAUGUCGCUACCAGACGUACGACGUUCCGAUUGGAGGCAAUUUGCACUCGUUUGCGCUCUGCGGCGCAUGCAACGAAACGCCGAUGCUCGCGACAGGCGGUCUGAAGAGACGCCUCGCCGGCGAAGCCUCCUGCCGCGACCUGCCUCUGCUCAAGGAAGGCGACAUCAUCGGCUGCUUCUUGACGCUCCACGAGCCGCGCUGGUGGCUGCCCGAUCCUCGCAAGGAUCCGAAACUCCACGAAUUUCUCCAGGCGGGGAUCCUCUGCAGUCCAGACGCUCAGCCUCCGUGCGUCGUCAAUGAGGGCGCGUGGAUUGAAUUUUCUGUCAACGGAGAAAGGUUGGGACGCGUCUUCGAAGGCAUGAUUGGCAACGGCGUUUAUCAUCCAGCUGUUUCGCUCUACAUGGGGGCGAAGCUUCGUCUUAAUCCAGGCCCAAACUUCUCCUUUCCACCUCCGCCAUCUGAGGGAUUCCAGCCAUGCAGCGAAAUGCGCCGACCUCACAUCCCCUGAAAAAGAGUCAAACGCGGCUUACGCGUUCAGCGCAUGCAGUUUGCAUGUGUGCGUUGCAUGCGUCGCCUCCCUGGUGGUGGCGGGCGUUGCGUCGGAGGAUGGCGAAGACUGAGAGACUGCUUUGUCGGCAGAAGGGAAGAUCGUCUUUGCACAGUGUUGAUUGUCACUUUUUCUUCGGUCUGUCUCUGGAAAAAGACGGAGGACGCGGAGAUGGAGCAGAGGCCGAAUAAACCUCAAUCAGGAGGAAAAAAGUCUGUGUUUCAGAGACGCCAGAUUUGUUCCAGAACGAAAAGGCAUUUUUCCACCUGAGACGGAGACAGCGAGAGGGCGGGAAGGUACAAUGCGAAGAGGAGGAGAGAGAGAAACAAAGGCAGGUGGAGAGAAGAGGAGUGGCGACGCAAGUUGCGGAGGACUUUGUUUCAUUUUUCCUGUUCUCCGUCCAAUGUCAUUUGAGAGAGAAUCCCCUUGGCAGUUAUGUUCUGAGACUUUUGACGGCCUCAAGUGCCAUCGUCUCCUCUCCUUUUCGUCCUUUGUGCUUUGCCUUGCUCGCCGUCAUUGUGCGUCCGUUGCGCGCCUUCCGCGCUUCUCCUUCUGUCUCCUUGCUUCGCUUUCUUCUUCUUCCCUCUUCUUCUGCUUCUUUCGUCCUCCGUGAUUGUUCCCCUCUCUCCGUCCGCUUGUUCUCGUCCGUUUCUCUUGUCCUUUCACCUGCGAGGCCGUGACGUCGCCUCGGCCUUUUUUUUGAGGCGAGAGGCGCGCCAACCACCUUGAAUGACAGACUGUAAAAAUCCGUACACCUGCGUCGAAAACUCCGUAGAGCCGUCAGUCCUCUGCAACUUCUUUUUUCGAGCGCGAAGGUCACAGUGCUGCUCGCAUGCUGCGCUGCGAUGCGUCUGAAGAAUCGGCGCGUCUCGCCUCGACAAAAAAACGCCCAACUCCACACCCGGGCAUCGCCACGAUUUCUCUGGUCGCCUCGAUUCCUUUCCCCCUCGACUCAUGAGCUCCCCAAAUUCGCCGCUUGCACAUCUACUCCAUACAUGUAUAAAUC